UAAUACUAACAACAAUUCUCAAAAUGUUUUUAACAAUUUUCGAUUAAAAAUAGACCAAUUCUGAUGGAAAGUUGGGAUUUUAACAAAAGCUGGUCAAAAUGAGUAAAAAGCUAACUACACCAGCACGCAGAGGCAGCCGAAAACCAAAUGGAGAAGGAGAAUCAACAGAAGCUGCAGAGCACCUCCAAUGUUCAUCUUACAAAACCAAUCAGAUGCAUCGUAAAACUCGGUGGUUCCGCAAUUACUUGCAAAAAUGAAUUAGAGACGAUAAAUGAAGAAAAUCUCAAGACGGUUUCGCGGCAGCUGAGGCAAACAAUGAUGGUGUCGGAUUCUUCUUGUGGAAAGGUUCUUGGAAUGGAUUGGAGCAAGCGGCCUGGAUUUACAGAAACUUCUUGUGUUGUUGAUGAUUUUUGUGAUCAACCAGCUUUAGACUUCAGCCAUUUCAUGGUUGUCCACGGAGCAGGUUCUUUUGGGCACUUUCAAGCUAGCAAAUCUGGAGUUCAUAAAGGAGGACUAAGCCGACUGCUUGUCAAGGCUGGUUUUGUUGCUACACGUAUUUCUGUUACCUCCCUCAAUCUGGAAAUUGUCAGAGCACUAGCUAGAGAGGGUGUGCCAUCUAUUGGAAUGUCUCCGUUUGCAUGUGGAUGGUUGACGUGUGAAAGAAAUAUUGCCUCGGCUGAUGUUUCCAUGGUGGCUAAGGCCAUUGAUUCUGGUUUUGUACCUGUUAUGCAUGGAGAUGCAGUAUUCGAUGCUGCUCAGGCUUGCACUAUAUUGAGUGGAGAUGUAAUCAUACGUCAUCUUGCAGAGCAAUUUAAGCCCGAAUUCGUUGUAUUUCUGACAGAUGUUUUGGGGGUGUAUGACCGUCCACCGACAGAGCCUAAUGCAGUGCUUCUUAGGGAGAUUGAAGUGCGUGAAGAUGGGAGCUGGUCUGUAGUGAAACCAACAUUAGAAAACAUGAACAAGCGAGUUGAGAUAACUGUAGCAGCCCAUGACACAACGGGAGGGAUGGAGACCAAAAUAUCAGAAGCUGCAGCAAUUGCAAAACUUGGAAUCGAUGUGUACAUUGUGAAGGCAGCCACAAGUCAUUCAUUAAGGGCUCUGAGCGGGGAAUUGAAAGACAACAUUCCAGAAGACUGGCUUGGAACAGUCAUCCGGUUUCUGAGAUAGAAGACAUGGCUGCUGCUAGAGCCUUCUCGUGGAACUCGAUGUUUGAAAAGUAUGGUCGAUGCAAACAAAAGGUAUACUAGGACGAUCCUUUCUUGUAUGAGGCUGCUAAAAUGGGCAAUUGUUCUGGAAUUGUCGGACUUAUUGCUGAAAAUGGCUAUUUAUUUGGUUGAACUCAGCCACUGGUUGGUUGGCAAGACAUUAGAGAAACUUAUGGUUUGACAAGUACAUUCUCAUGGCAUUGUAACUUUUUUUGGGUUGAACUCAAUUAUGAGUAGUUUUGAAUGGAGCUAGACUGUUGAAUUGUUGGAUUGAGAAUGUUAAAACACAGAAAUUGAUCUCAAACCAAGGCAGUCAUGUUGUUUCUUGUUGUUCCGCUUGUCUGUUGAAUGUCAUCACCACUAGGUCUCU